CUGCAAGAAAUCAAUUCACAAAAAGCACGAAUCGGUCGCGAGAAUUCACAGCUGCAGCAACAGAUUGAAGAGACAGAAUCGCAGAUCGCAAAUCUUUCGCGUCUGAAAACGCAGCAUAAUCAACGGCUGGAAGAUCUGCAGCGUGCGGUGGAAGAGGAAACACAACGGAGACAGUCUCUGGAUUCUGCUGUAAAAAAUCUCGUCCACCAAAUCGAGCAGCUGCUUGAGAACAUUAAUAUCGAACAAGCCAACAAAACUGAACUCCGAAAAAUUCUGAGCAAAAAGAAUGCGGAAGUGCAACAGUGGCAAGUACGGAUCGACGAGGCCGAGCUGGUAGCUGUAACUCAUCUCGACGAAGUCAAACAGAAGCAGCAGGCACAAAUUGUGCAGCUGCAUGAAUCUUUGGAUGCAACGAACUCCAUGAUAGCUGCUUCUGAAAAAGUAAAGAUCCGUCUUAGCAAAGACGUCGAAGAAGCACGAGUGGAAGCUGGACGACACGUGGUUAGCGCAGUACACUUCGAGAAAAAGCGAGCGGAAAUGGAACGCACGAUUGAGGACUGGAAACAAAGGGAGAACAGCCUGCGACGAGAAAUUGAAGCAGCUCGAACAGAUGCGAAGAAUUCAGCUAAUGACCUGUUCAAGCUAAAAGGGAUAAAUGAAGGCUUAUUCGAACAAGUGGAACGCCUGAGACGAGAAAAUAAAACACUGAGUCAAGAAGUGAAGGAUAUGAAGGAUCAGUACGACAGUGGGGUGCAGGGGCUGCAUGAAACACAGAAAAUGGUACAGCGACUGAGCGUGGAAAAGGAAGAACUGCAGCAAGCGCUAGCUGAAGCUGAAGAUGGCCUGGAAGUGGAGGCCGCCAAGGUGACACGAUUUCAGAAAGACAUUGAGCAAACUAAGAGUGACAUUGCUAAGAGAUUUGAAGAAAAGGAUAGUGAAUUUGAAACGCUUCGGCACAAUCAGCAGCGAGCCAUCGAGUCGGUCCAGGUAAAGCAAUUUUUAUCGUCAGACUGA